GGCCGGCGCGCGCCUGAGCGGGCCGGAAGUGGGGCAGGCAACGGACCGGGGCCGAGGGGCCGCCCGGAGCGGCGGACCUCAGGGAGCGUCCCCCGACCCCUCCGCCACGGCGGCGCCAUGGCCGCCGCCUCCUCCUCCUCCUCCGAUCUGAAUCACCUGAAAAAUUCAUAUCGAACAAGAUUUUGUCACACUAGAAGGUCACCUAAGAUCAACGUGAAGCCAGGCCAGAAUAUAUUGGAAACUUUACAGAAUUGUUUCGAGGAAAGUCGCGGCUGGGAUCCGAGCUUAGAGUCUUCGAGUCCGGCGGUUUCCCCGGGUCCCACGGGUUUAGAAGAUGUCCGCUAUUUGUCCCCAGGCAAGGAGGCGUCCCCCGUUCAACCGGCCCAGAUCCGUUCUCCGGAGGAGAGCAGCAGCUCCAUCCUCGCCUCCCCUCGGGCAGCCGGAGAGAUCGGCGAUUCAGUUCGGACUCCUGAAACUCAUGGGGGAUCUCCGGUCCCCGCGACGGUCAGUGCGAAGAGUACGCCGGCUUUCGGCGGUACCUCCGAGAGCCCCGAGAAAGCCGCCGAGGUCCCCCGGGGCGCCGAAGACUUUUACUUGGCGGUCGGCCCCCUCGAUCUCCUGAUCGAGGAGGAGGAGGAGGAGGAGGAGGAGGAGGAGGAGGCGGCGUUACCGUCGAAAACGACCUCACCCGUUCACUCGCGCGAGAGGAUUCGUCCCCCGGUGGGUUCAGCCGACCGGCGGCCUCCCAGUCCCGCCGUCGAGCUCAAAUCCAAAAAGAGGUUGAACUUUAACGGAAAAGCGGCGGCGUCUGUGGGGAAGGAAGCAGGAAUUAGAAUCGAAAGGCCGGAGAAUUCGCAGAAAAAGGAAAGCGCGGUUGCCCCCGAAGAGAGCGCCCGAGGGUCGGUGUCUCACACUCCGAAGAACGAACCGAAAAGCAAGGGGAAGGUUUCGUCCAUUUUCCUAGAUGCCGUCAAAGUAGGGAACGACAGACCCGGCUUCUACAGGCACUCUCCAGCGGCUCCGCCCCGGAGCCCGUCUCCUCCGCCGAGCGGCGUGAACCCUCUGCCGGACGACGAGUUUAUAAUCGACGAGUCGGACAGCCAUGCCUCGACGUCUUGGAUUUCGAUUCCUAGAAAGUCCACCAGACCCGGGAACCGGGGCCCGGAGCCUUCCGCGGCGAGGACCCAGGCCCGCGAAAGAACGCGGCCCGAGGCCCAGCAGGCGGGGAGACCGAAGACGCCGGCCGGACCCGGCGAGAAGGGAGGUCACGGGCGAGACGGCGACGAUUCGGAUACCGAGGGGGGCGAAGGGACUUCAGGGGAAGUCAGACGGAGUCCUCGCUCGGAGGAGAGAUCUCGGGGGAGGGAAAGGUCGGACAGCGACCGGUCUCGGUCUGGGAGGGAGGGAGUCGGACGCCCGUCCGUACGGCACCAAGCCGUUCUUUCGACGGCGGCUCGGUUGGCGGAAGAAGUGGAGCCCGGGCCGCGGCACCGGGGGGAGGAACCCGAGGCGAGGGCAGACCGUAGACACGCCGACGGAGAACGGCCUCCUGGGCGUCGCGCGGGGAGAGAGACGCGGGACGGCCCGCGGAGCGCUUCGCGCUCGGACGAGGAACCUGCUUCCUCGAGACCGGACGGGCGCGGGGACCGCUCUCCGGAAAGGAGAAACCCCGGGCGUCUUCCCCAGCGCGGCGGCAAGCCGAGAGGGAGGGGAGACGGCGGGCGGCCCGACGCGGGAGGGUCGCCGCGGAGAAGCGUCACCCCGUCGUCUCGACGGCCCCGAGGGGGAUCGCGGGCGGACGGUUCGGGCGGAGAUCUGGACCGAAACGGAGAGGAGGAAUCCACGGGACAGAAAUCGCCUCCUGGGGGUAAAAGAAAGAAUCGGGAUCCCGUUGAACAGAUUCAAGCCAGUAAGAAAGGGUCCCCCAAAACGCCGUCCGCAGGCGUACCGCGGAAGAAGAGGCCAAAGGUGGUGACGGAAGGGCGGCCGGAAGACGAUCCCCAUCCGGCCCGGGGCCGCGCGGAGAUCCGGACUAGUCGACGAGCGUCCAGGCCCCCGUCGGAUUGGUGGAUGUUGAAGGCGGAACGGAGCGGGACCGAGCGAAAGGAGGGUCCGACUCCGAAACGGAGCGAUAGAGACGAACCGUCUCAGGCCCCGGAGGUGGGGGAGACCGGCCUCGCGCCCCACGACGCUCUGCGCGCUUCCGUUUCUCCGAGCCGAGUGGCGGCCCGUCGGCCGCCGGCCCCGUCCUCGCGGGAGACCCGCCGACCGUCGGCGAAACCGAAGCCCGGGGCCGAAACGCGUCAGCGCCCGCGCCGCCGGAAGCAGGACCCCGGAAAGAUGACCCGAAGCGAGAGGAGGGAAGCCGAAAGGUCCGUCGGGGAAAACGGGAGAACGGUCGGCUCCGGACAUAGACCCGCCGAGGAGAGGGAAGGUGAAGCGGCGGGUUCGGAGACUCCGGGCGUCACGAAUCCCACGGGGCAAAACUGUCCGCCUCCCGGAUCGCGGGAUCCCGCCAUGUCGGCCGGCUACUCCAACCUGCGGUGCCCCUCCGCCUUAUCGUCCGCAUCCUCCGGGAUCGCGUCCCGGAAGGAAUCCCCGGCCGCCAGAGGGAAGAGGACGAACCGCGGUGGGCGGAAAAGGCCGCUCCCGCCCGCGGGAGAGAGGACCCCCCCGGCCGAGCUCCAGAAAUCAGCGGGUCCCGCAAGACCGGAGCCCGAGAAGCUGGUGUAUUCGUCUUCUGGGGUUUCCGACCCGGGGAACGUCCUCGCCGGCGACGAACCCUCUGGAUCUGGGGCGGGAGGAUCCCGGGCCGGCAGCGACUCCGAGCCCAGCCCACGGUCGAAGGGCCGGCGAGGAUCGGCGGCGAAGCGGAAGGCCCGUCGCGCCGGCAGUGCAGCCGGACUUCCCGAAGAGAGCCUCGAAUCUCCGGAGUUUGCCCAUCCCCCGGAAGAAGCGAAAACCCCCCGGGGUACUCUGCGUUCGCCUCUGACACCGGAUACUACAGGCCCCGUGACCUCAACGGUGGAAGGAAGCGGGCCUGCGAGAUCCCGAAUUACGAGAACAUUUCCUCCAGGUGAUGAAGUCCGUGUUUACGAGCAGGAAGAUUUGAGUUCAGAUGAGGUAACUGAGGCACAGAGUAGUGAAGUGACCUACACAGAUGACGCGGGAUACCCGUCGGAUGAGCCGUCCCGGCUGGCUCCGAACCAGAAGGCCAAGCGGAAGUUCGUGUUGCCCACCGACACGCCGAACGUUCGUCGGACCAAGAGGAUACGAGUGAAGCCUCUGGAGUACUGGAGAGGGGAGCGGGUCGACUACAAGGUCCGCCCGUCAGGGGGCUUCGAAAUUCAUGGGAUCAUUUCUCCUGACGCGGUGUCACCCUACAGAGGAGCCAGCGGAAAAAUGGAAAAGCUCAAGAAACUAGCUAAAGAGAAGGGAAGACCUCUUGCAAAGGCAAAAAGCAGAAAUGCCAUCGCCAAUUUGAAUUUGUCCCUAGGAGAUCCUUCUAAACCAACAACCGUGUGGUGCCACGAUACUAAUCGGGAAGUUCUUCUGAGUUGUGUGAGGCCCAAAGGUACAUAUACGUAUUGCCUUGGCGAUGACUCUCUGAUGGUAUAUAAAAGUUUGAAUACAUCUUCAUUCUCUGCUGGCCAAUUGGUCCUGGGACCGUUUAAAGUGAAAGGAAGCCAACACGUCUGUUUCGAUACGCUGGUGUUCUACAUCGUCCAGGGCGAACUCAUAUGUACCUUACGUAAGACACCUUACUACUUGACGGCCGGCGACACUUUCUACGUUCCUCCGGGUAACCUGUACAACAUACAAAAUCUCCUGAAUCAGAAAAGCGUUCUUCUCUUCACUCAGAUCAAAAGCGAAAGAUUGGAAGGUGUCCGCUUGGAGAGCGACGCCGACGACGAAGGCUGAAGUAGAUCCGCGUAAGCGUUCUUGUACAGUUCUGCCAUUUCUUCGGGACCCGCUCGGCUCUGAAAGGCUGUAUGCUGACGACGUACGCGAUAAAUUUCCAAUCCCUCUCGUGGGCUUGUGUACAUAUAUAUAUAUAUAUUUAUACAUAUAAAGGAAUAAAAUACAAAAACCAUCCCCGUUCAAAUAAAGGAUAUACGUUUUUAAUCCGAGGGAAGAUUGUCAAAAUAUUUAGGUAUUAAAAUGUGAUAUUUGAA